AUGGCGAUGGAUACGACAGCGGCGGACGGGUCGGUGGAGGCGGUGGGUGGAGGGCCGGACGAGAGCAAGGCGGCGCAUAUCUACGCGGCCGGAUAUGCGGAGCACUCGCUGAGCAAGCAUGUGCGGUGGUACGACAAUGCGCUGGCGCGGGUGAAUCCGGCGACUGGGGCGGUGGCGCAGGCGGCGGCGUAUCCGGGCCUCUUCUCGCAGCUGCGGACGUACUCGCUGGCGGUCAACUCGCUGACGCUCAACUCGUACGCGCUGCUUGGCGGCUUUCUCCCUGCCACCAGCAACUUUACGGUGGUGGUCGGGUAUGCCAAUACUGACGUCGGCGUUGCCUUUCUCAACACGGCGCACGAGCUGCUUCUGGCGCUCGCGGUCGAGCCGGCGUCGGGCGUGCUGGUCGGGGUGGCGGUCGACACGCGGCCAGACGCCCCGCCGCGGCUGCGGAUUGUGACCUCGGCCGGCGAUGCACCCAAGUUUGGCACGGCGCUCGAGGUCGAGCUGAAGGCCGCGCCGCUGCCGCACGGCGUGGCUGAUCCGCGCGGUGCAGCAGCGGUGGUGGCGGCGCCGGGCAACGGGACAGUCGCCUUUGGCCUCGUUCUCUCCCCUGACCUGUAUGUGUACUGGGCGGUCGAUGUUACGUCGGCAGGCAACGUGACAAGUCGGACGCUCCACGUCGACGAGCGCAAAGCAGCUCGCGAGCUCCACCCGCUGUGGGUUGUGCACGUGCCUAAGCUCGAAACGUUUGUCGGCUACCUGGCACGCAAUGGAUCGUCGCUCCCGCCGACGCUCGCCAUUGUCGACCCGUACACGCUCGAGAUCCAGACGCCGCUGAGCUCGCCGGCGAUUCCGCUGGUGCCGUCGAUGGCGUGUGUGGGCCCCGAGUCGUCGACGAUUCACGUCCUCUCCAAGGGCGUCAUGUUUGAUCUCGACGCCGCGACCGGAACCGAAGUGGCUACGACGCCGAUCAACGUCGGCAACUUUGUCUUUGCUGCCGCCGUGUACGCGCCGGCCGUAGGCAACGGCGGCAACUGA